AAAUGAGCUUAUGACGCUUAUUUUAACCUAGCCGGCGUGCUCUAUCCUCCAAGGAAUCACGCUCAACAACGUAAUCUGUGGACCAAUAUCUAUUUCAGUGGCGAUCUCAACUCUGACAACCGGAACUGCUUAGCUUAUUAUCUUUUGAAGAAUCAACAUGGCGAAGCAAGUGAACAAUUCUUGAAAGAGUACAGGAUCCCUCCUAAAUUUGUUGAUCUUAUGAACGGGUUCUGGUCGCUUGAUAACUUUGAGUUCAAGAAUGCUGUUUUUUAUCUUUCUCGGCCAGGAUUGACAGUAGACUGGAUCGAGGAUGUGGUCGAGGCUAUCAGUCUACAUGGAUCUCCUCAGUUGGCAAGGCAAUUUCUUGUCGCAGCCAAUCUUAAUUUGACUUCAGAACGGUUUAUCGACCUCAAAAUGAAGAUUUUGCUGGAUACUGAUUUCACAGAGGCUUUUUAUUUCCAGCGAUCAGUAACCCGUUUGAAUCCCGAAGAGGAUGCAAGUGAUGACGCGCACAUGGUUCUAGAUGUCUCUGCAGAAAAAGAUGGAUAUUUGUUUGUACAGCUGCUUGAUUAUACUUUCCUUAAUAAACCAAACAGGAAAGCAAUUCAGUCACUGUCGUUAUUGACGAUGAAUGAGAGGGAAGAACAGAUAUUUAUCCGAUAUUGCGAUACACAUCCAGGCCUCACUCGGGAAGUUGCUCAAGAAUUUUUGAUCAUGUAUUAUGUCAGUCACUCACGGUAUAUGGAAGCCAUUCGGAUGCAUCGCAAAUUACUUGCAGUGGAACUUGAGAAGGAAGGCAUGGCGCAGCUCCAUCACGCAGCGAUGGAACGAAAUAACGUUAAUGGUGUAUCGAAACAAGAGCUGAGCAAGAGUCAGAAGCGACAGGUGCUUAUCAAUAAUCUAAUGAAGAUCCUCCCUGAGACACAAAAAGUUCUUUUAGACUUGGAGACCGAGCGGCAAGAUGCCAAAGUGGAUACAGAUGGCACAAAAGUUGCAGUAAAAUCUCUGAUGAAGGACUUAAAUGGAUCACUAACUAGUCUCACGGGUAUGGAUUUGAAUUGGGUAACAGGAUCAUCGGACCAAACAGUUGCUCUUAAUGGAGAUGAAGACAAGGGCAAGCAGAGCGGCAAGAAGGAAGACAAAGUACUUUACGCUCCAGCUAAAUUGUUGGGAGACUGUACCAAAACUAUCGAUAACCGCAUAAGCAGAGCUGAGGUGAUGGAGGUGGAUUCUGAUGAAGAUCUGUAAAAAGGAAAAAUAAUAAUAAUAAAAAUAAUACGAAAAAUGAUACGCGAUAAUGCUUCGGAGAUUAGAUUAAGCCCAAGAUGCAGCUUAUUAUUUUAUUUUGCUAAUUCAUCUUUUUUAUUUACACGAGAAUUGUUCAAUGCGAAAAUGAGGAAUAAAAGAGCUAUAGUGGACAAUAGUAGGCAUAUGCAAGCCUUGGCUGCUUCUUUUUUUUUUUUUUUUUUUUUUUAAGGAGCAACAAGGCGGCAACCAUUAUGAUCGGGCAGGCCACCAAUAAUGAUGAGGAUAAUAUCGAUAAUGUACCAGAUACCAAAUCCUCCAG